AUGGCUGACUGCAAACGAAUAAUUGAAACCCCCAUGGAAACUAAACUAAAACCACAUCUAUUGUCUGAAGGGCAGCGGAUUGAUGCUCCAUACCAAGAACUUAUGGGGAGAUUAAUCUACUUGACUGUCAACACAAGACCAGACAUGUCUUUCUCAGCCAGCUUCCUGAGUCAGUAUAACACUACAUUCACAGAAGCCCACUGGACUCUAGCUAAGAGAGUACUAAAAUACCUGAAGGCAACCUCAGCAGUUGGGCUUACUUUCACAAAAUCUGCAAAACCUACUUUCUGCGUGAUUGGUUAUGCUGAUGCGGAUUUUGAAGGAAAUUCCACAAACUAUAAAUCCUUUACUACUGCUUCACCUUGGAUGCAUUGGCAUUGGGUGGUAUUGAAUCUGUAG